AUGUUUCAAGCCAGAAUCGUUUGCCUGCUGCUCGCCCUCUGCCUUUUGGCCAUGUUCUUUGCGGGUUCUGAUGCUCUGCCACGCCCACAGGAGGGUCGGGAGGAGGGCGGCGAUCAGGAGGUGAAUGUGGAGGCUGAGGAGAAGGAUCUGGAGGGAGCUGCAUCCUUUGGAUACGGAUACUACUCAUCGCCCUACUUGGGUGGCUACUACGGCGGAUAUUGGCCACAUUACAGCGGCAGUUACUACGGCAUUGGUUAUCCCUACUAUGGAGGUUACUACGGAUUGCAUCAUCACCAUGGACACUAUGGACACUACUACUAG